ACACCAGGAGACUACCCAACACAUGAUAAUUAGUAUUAUUAUUGCCAAAGGACCUUGUGCAGGGAGAGAUACGAGCGUGGAGGACAGAUUAGAGCAUGUUUAAAGGACGCCACUGAGUACAAGACCAAUGAGGCAGCGAUAUUUACUGAUGCUCCGCAGCACCCACCCACUUCACACUGAGAACAAAUGACAGAAGAAUUUGUUUAAGGGCCAGGAUCACAGACAACAAUAUUCUCCUUUAAUAUCCCAUUCCUUGCUCAGAGUACGUGUUUAGAAUUUGUAAAUAUAAAGACAAAAAUCAGCCUUCAUAAAUGUUGUCAGUUUGCAGCAUAAAAAUCUAACUGGUUUAAAGCAACUUCAGUAUAUUUGCUUCCCAAACCUACAGGGAAAAAAAACCUGGUAUUGUGAGCAGCACUAUAGUCUCCUCAGAACCAUACAUAGUCCAGCCAAGGGUCAUUUAGGAUGAUUUCUGCCCCGCUGGUGGUAUUGAAAGAUUCACGGGUAGAGAAAAUCAGAAACAGCUUUCCAUUAUCCGAACUACGGAGCAAAAAGAAUCCUGCUUUCUAACACAUGGAAACAAGAGGUGGACACCAGUGGCCCAGUUGGGAUACUGAUUAAUAAAAUACUUAAGUUUCUCAGAUUAAAAAAAAAAUAACUGACCAGUAUGUGUUUUUUCCCUCCUUGGUGCUAACCUAUAAACAGUACUAAAGGUUCAUGGGAGAAGAAAACCACACUUACGUGACUGAAUUUGUCUUCCUGGGCCUUUCGCAGGAUCCACAGACACAAGUCCUGCUCUUCUUCCUUUUUCUGAUCAUCUACCUGCUGACUGUGCUGGGAAAUCUGCUCAUCAUUGUGCUCACUCACGUAGACUCCAGGCUCCAUACACCCAUGUACUUUUUCCUUAGAAACUUGUCCUUUGCUGAUCUCUGUUUUUCUACUACCACAGUUCCCCAGGUGCUAGCCCACUUCCUGGUAAGAAGGAAGGCCAUUUCCUUUGCUGGAUGCUCAACACAGAUAGUUGUUUUACUGCUGGUUGGGUGUACUGAGUGUGCACUACUGGCAGUGAUGUCCUAUGACCGCUACGUGGCCAUCUGCAAGCCGCUGCACUACUCCACCAUCAUGACACAUUGGGUAUGUGUCCAGAUGGCCAUAGGGUCCUGGGCCAGUGGAGCGCUUGUGUCUCUGGUGGACACCACAUUCACACUGUGGCUGCCCUACAGAGGGAACAAUAUCAUUAACCAUUUUUUUUGUGAGCCCCCUGCCCUCCUGAAGCUGGCUUUAGCUGACACCUACAGCACAGAAAUGGCCAUCUUUGCAAUGGGUGUGGCCAUCCUUCUAGCUCCUGUCUCCCUAAUCCUCAUCUCCUACUGGAAUAUCAUCUCCACUGUGAUCCGGAUGCAGUCUGGGGGGAGGCUCAAGGCUUUCUCUACCUGUGGCUCCCAUCUCAUUGUUGUUAUCCUCUUCUAUGGGUCAGCCAUAUUUGCCUACAUGAGACCAAACUCCAAAAUAAUGAAUGAAAGAGAUAAAGUGAUCUCUGUGUUCUAUUCAGCAGUGACACCCAUGCUGAACCCUAUCAUUUAUAGUCUGAGGAACAAGGAUGUCAAAGAGGCUCUCAGGAGAGUGCAAAACAGGCCAGGGUCUCCACACUGGAUGGAAGAGGGAGAUGGAAGAAGAGCUUAUGUCAGGAAGCUGCUGCUGGUGUGUGGUACCCAAUCCCAGAGAGAGGCUAGAAAAGGGAGGAAUGUCAGAUUGGCAGAAAUCAGCAUCAUGCAUCAUGGGAACCAGGCAGAUAAAUCCAACUUUGAACAUAUGUUAAAGAAUCUGUAA